AGGUAGAUCCACUGGAGCGCAGGACUAUAUCUGUGCUUACAAAAUUAGAUAAGUGCUCGGAGGGUGACUUGAAGUCCAAGUUGUCCGACUUGAAAACAUCUGGGGCCAGAUUUGUGCUGGUGAGAAAUAGAACCAGCGAUGAAAUCAUGCAGAAUAUACCCUUCGAUCGGAUCAGGGAAGUAGAGGCAGAAUGCUUGUCGAAAUGGAAUGAAGUUGAUGAAACCUCCAAGGGAAUUCCGGCUCUAUCCCAAAUUCUAGUCAGCGAAGGUUACAAAAUGGUGCUUCAAUCAGUUUCGCAUCUCUCAACGCAAGUGCCGAGUGUGCUUUCGGAACUAAGCGAGAGUUUAAUAGCCCUUGGACAGCCGUGCGAAACAGAAAUGGAGAAAAAGUCUAGAUUUGACGACAUCUCUCGUCUCAUGGGUACACGACUCCGACAACUACUAGACGGGUUGUCGCGGUAUGAUGAUCCGAAUGAGAUGUUUCUCAAUUCCAACACACAACUGUUGCUGAAUAAUUACCGCAAUUUGUUUUUCGAUACUCAGAAGAAAAUUUUUACCAGCGAAGUCAAAUCUCAGAUAAAACAAUCGCUGUCAAAAACAGUUGGAAUCAAUUUACCGAACUUUUUGUCGCAUCCUGUGUUCAAAUUGAUGCUGGACCGCCUUUUGAUGAAUUCGGAAUUGUACAAACUGACAACCCAUGACUUAUUAUUAGGAAAUUUCGAACCUAAAAGCUAUCCGUUGACUUCAAACCAAAAUUCUGGUUUAAUGCAGUACAUAUCAGUGGUGAUUGACUCGCUUUUAAUCGAAGCUCUACAAGAGCGAAGGCUUUCUGAAAAGUUUGAGAAGAGACUUAGCAAAGAUAUGCUGACCAUGCUGCGCAAACUGGGUGCGGAAACCAGCCAAUUUUUGAAGCAGUUGAUAGACGCUGAGUUAAUUGCGGGCCCCUACACUGCAGACAGUUCAUAUAUUGCUACAAUUCAGAGAAUAGAAGACCAAAUAAAAGCGAUGAAGGAUAAGGACAAAUCGACAGAAUCCAUGGGACUCGGGAGUGGGAUGCAAACAACUAGUGCAAUGCCGAGUCUGUUCGGAGGCGGGGCCAAGACAGCCACUCAAACAGCGAAGUCUUCCACUCCGGGGAGAGGCCAGAAAUCGGGUUCAGUCUAUCUGGCUGAUGAUUUUUCAGUUGACUUGUCUGAGCUGGACGGGGUCUUGUCGGAUAAUCCUUCUGUGGAAAGUGUGGCUGUUUUCCAGAUGCAAGUCAGUCUGUUCGCUUACUGGUCGGUCUUGCAGAGACGUCUUACAGACCACGUGCAUCUAGUAGUUAGAAGUGGGGUGUGUCAUCAAUUGAAGAACUGGGAACAACUCAUGCAGCAGUUAUGGAGAGAAAAUAGCACGCAAUACCUGCACUUACUGCAGGAGAGAGCUGAAGUGCAAGAAAAGAGGUCAAUUUUGCAGCAGAGGAUUAUGAAUUUGAAGAAGGCAUCGGAGAUUCUAGAAAAUAUGGGCGCAGAAUUGUCGGACUGAAUCAUAACAUAUCCGGUGCACUCUUGUGGUCGUGCAGUCGUAAAACCAUUAUUGAUUGGAAUUGGCCUUGUUUUUUGUUUCUAAAGGAGUACAUUAAAAGUGUUAGAUUCGACUGAUUUUUUUGUGUAAAUAAUGCGAGGCGGCAUGUAAAAUUGUCUUUGAA